UAUUGGAAAUUACCUACCCCGUGACUCAUACGCGAUUGCCUCAGUCAGGCUUGAACACUUUCUAUCACUUGGGCAUUAACUAAGGCGACAAGAACAUCUACAGUGCAACUAUGUCUUUUCAAAGCUUUGACGGAUCAAAACAUAGAAUAAACGGAAGCUUGGAAUGUUUGUCUGCAUCAAGUAAGGGUUUAUCAAAAUCCCUGUUCGGUGUAGAAUCAACCAGUGAUCAGAGAGCAAGGGUCGAAAGAAGUCUUAAAAAUCGGAAAGGUGGUGACAUGAUUAAGUUAGAACGGGACUGUUUCCUCCACUACGCCAUAUAUAUAGGCAAGGACAAUGUAGUUGAUUUCGUCGCAGAUAAUGGUGGUAUAGUCACCGUUCGUACUCUGUGCGAGACUGUUGGUGCCAGCGAAUGUGCUAUAGACAACUACUUGGACAAUGACUGCAGUCACUAUCCGGAGAAAGAAAUUGUAAAACGGGCAUUGCUUGCUAUUGCGGAGGAACAUAUUUACAGCCUAGGAACAUACAACUGUGAACAUUUCGCGACGUGGUGUCGGUAUGGGUACAAAUAUUGCCAUCAACCGUGUGAAGUGGCCGCCACUCUGGGAGCUAUAGCUAACAAAACCUAGAAAAGAGAAUAUUCGAGUUUGUUUUUACCUGUUUAAUUGUUUGUUUUGAUUCUUUUCAUAAAUUAUGCAUUUCGUAA